CCGCCCUCAGCGCGCACGCGCCCUCCGCGCCUCCCCAACGCCCGCCCGAGCGCGCCGGAUUCAAACCGGGGCUCCACCCUGGCCGCGGCAGCCGCGCCUGAGCGCCCUCCAACCCCUGCCGAGCGUCCUCCAACCCCGGCCGAGCGCCCUCCAACCCCUGCCGAGCGUCCUCCAACCCCGGCCGAGCGUCCUCCUCCUCCUCCUGAGGGAGUGGGACCGGGACGAAGGUCGGGAAACGCCGGCGCUGGGCCUGCUGAAACCUGAGGAGAAACCCCUCAGGGCGCAGGGGUGAGCUCGAUCCCCUCAGGGCAUCCCGAUCCGCCUUGGAGGGCCCUGGUUCCACGCAGUGUGAUGAUGAAGGAUAUGGCAUCCUCAAGCCUGGAGGAUUUAUGCCUCCACAUCAAUAUGAAGAUUUCAAAUAUUAAAAAGUGCCUUCUAUUGAGAGACAUAGGUAAGGAUGAUCCCCGCAAGCCUGUGCUCCGUAAAAUACAGAAUGACGUGAUCCUUGUACAUGAUCUCCUGAAUAAAAUGGAAAAUGAAGUUAAACAGCAAGAAAAACAGAAAGAUUCUCUCAAAGAGAUGCAGAAGGCUGCUGAGAGAGAGCAGAAGGAAGCACAGCACCUCCUUGAACACAUUCCACGCUAUCUGCCUAAACCCCAGAGCUGCAAUCCUGCAUUUAUUUCAGCUAGCUAUGACAUCCCCUUGCCUUGGAGAGGGCUGAGCAACACCGUGCCAACUGUGAAACACAAAGGACAAACAAAGUCUGUAGAACCCAACACUGAGAAGAAACCUGCAAAAGAGAAAAAAGUCAUUAAAGAAGCAGCAUUAAUAACCACAGAGGAGUUUGCAAGUGUUCCUGCGUAUUUGAAAGGCCGUAUAACAUAUGAUCAGAUUAAUGCAGUUGUUCAAGAGAUUAACAAGGCUGUGCUGGGCAAGUACAAGAUCUUGUAUCAGCCUUUGAAGUCUAUGAGUGCACCAGUCAGAAACCUCUACCACAGGUUCAUAGAAGAAGAAACUAAGGAUACAAAAGGAUUAUUUUUUAUUGUGGAGGAUGAUAUCAAGGAGUUCACUCACCUGAAAUUGGACAAGAGGUUCCACAGCAUCCUCAGCAUCCUGAGGCACUGCCACAGAUUGAGAGAGAUUCGUGGCUUGGGGCUCAUCCGCUACGUCAUCUGCUAACAGCUCCCCGUGCCUGACCUGACACCCUGCCCUGCUCUCCAGACAGCAGCAGGGACACACAGGGAGGGGUUUUCAGGCAUCUACGCUAAAUUAGGAGUGGUGUUCCAAGUAUUUUAGUUUGGCUUUGCGAAGUUAUGGGGAACUACGAACCUGAACCAGAAAGUCAGCUGGGCACAUUUUCUGGUCAGUAAAGGAAAAAACAUAAAGUUCCUCUGCAUGGUUAACUCAUGCAGGUUAACCGUGCUCCUUUAGUCCUUUUGUGUUUCUGAGUGGUUUUUUAUUUUUUUCCCUUUCUCUCCAAGAAUUUUUCUUCCGUUUGUUGCCUAAGAGAUGAGAACAAUGGAUAUUUGAGACAAAAGA